AUGGAUGAACUCCUGGCAAAGCACCGCAAAGAACAAAAAGACUUGCAAGGGCGGAUCACUCAGAAGAAAAAGUCAGCGACAAAGAAGACCCGCAAAGGCAUCAACGAUGAUUGUGAGCGCAUGCAACGAGAGCUCACCGAGCAACAACAAGCGGAAAUUUCACAAUUAAAUGGUACUUCAUCUGACCCAGUGGAGGACAUGGAGAAUCUCAAUCUGGAGGACGAAACACCCACCAAUCCCGAAUCUACCGAGGAUAAGGCCACCGAGGAUGCAAAGCCAAAGACAGAACCAGAACCAGAACCAGCCUCCGAAUCCACCCCCCAAACAAAAAAGCCCAAUCGUCAAAAGGCCCGCCUCGCCCGUCGUGCAGCUGAACAAGCUGCUGCAGCCGAAGCGGCUGCCGAGGAGGCCGCCAACCAAACAGACUACAGAGGCAACGAGAAAGAGGUGAUGGAUGCGGUCUUUAAGAAGCUUAGACUGAAGGAAAUUGAAGUCAAUCCCGACGGGCACUGCCUCUAUUCCUCCAUCGCCAAGCAGCUGGACGAUGCCGGACUUGGCUUGCGGCCGGACCCAAGCCGAAUUGUUCUCCAGUCGACGACCGAAUCACGCAUCGAAACCGUGGCAUCACCACAGCAUGAUGGCUACCGUGCAGUCCGAGCUGUGACGGCAGAUUUCAUUACGCAAAACAAGGACGAUUUCGAGGCAUUUAUGGAGGAGCCAUUGGAUGUGUAUACGCGGAAGAUCAGGCUCACCGCUGAGUGGGGUGGGCAAUUGGAGCUGCAAGCCAUUGCUCGAGCAUACGGGUUGGAGAUCAAUAUUGUCCAGAGCGAUGGACGAAUGGAGAAGAUCGAAUCGGGAGAUAUGGACAGCUUUGACGAAGAGGAGAAGCUCAAGCGCGUUAUUUGGCUGGCGUACUAUCGACACUCCUACGGGCUUGGUGAGCACUAUAAUGCUCUUACAAAGAAGCAGUCUUAA